AUGCGGCCCGCCCGGUGCGCCGCGCCCGAAGUGGCCGCCAGAGCGGACGCCGCCGACCGCGUCGGCCCCCCGCGGUGGCCCUGUCGGCGGCGCCGCUCCGCGCGGAGCCCGCCCUCGCAGCGUGGGGCCAGGCGCGGGAGGCUGGCGACACUGCUGGGCGCGGUUGCGGCUGCCGGCGCGCUGGCUGCUCCUGGGGCGGCCGUGCCCGGCAUCGCCGCGAGGUGUUUGGCUGCGCCGUGGCGCGGCACACUGCCGGUCUGGAGACCGAUAGGGGGUCGGUUGCGAGAUAGGUGGAAUGAGUGUCGAGGUGCUGGUGACGUCCCUCGGGUCAGGCGGCGCUUGUUCAACCUGUUCGGCGGCGCAGGCCGCUUCAACGUGGGCGACCAGGUGGAGAUCUACGGGCCGCCAGGCAGGACGAAGGCGAUUGACCACGAGCUCGCGGCCAGCGCUGGCCCUGCCGACGCUCGGAUCGGCAGGCUCGAGGCCGAGCUGAGCGCCACGUUCACGGCGCUUCCCAAGGACGCGGAGGGCGGCCUCGGCCACCAGGCCGUCCGCUACGCGCUCCACCGGCUGUUCGUGCAGCGGCACGGGUGGUACAUCAAGGGGCUCGAGCCCGGCACCAGCGCGGAGAGUUCCUCCGACUGGGUGCCGUCGUACCUCGAGGGGCGCUUGCGGAGGCACCUGGCCGGCAAGGGGGCCGCCUUGCGGGACCUAGCCCUCUUCGCGGCCGCAAUCGAGGACCUCGUCACCGUCGAGGCGGUCCAGAGGAUGCGCGCGGCCUAUGAGAUGCUUGAGCUCCCCACCCUCGGCAACCUCACGCAGGAGGACGCCCAGCAGCUGGUCGUGACGUUCUUCGUGGGCUUCCUGAGGGCUGGCAACUUCUCGGCCAGCACUCCCCAGGAGGCAAAGGCGAAGGUCGGCAUCUUCCAGACGAAGUACACUGGCUGGAGCCAGGCCCACGAGUGGCUGCUGAGCGUCGUCGGUGGCGUCACCGGCUCCCGGGAGCUGGAGGGCGGGCUGGAUCUCGCCGGCGCAGAGCGGCUGGCCGCGGAGGUCGGGGAGAGGUACCACGCCUUCAACGACGGGGAGUGCAGGGCGCUGAAGCGCGAGAUGGAGGAGCUCCAGGUGUACAAGGCUGGGCGGGUGCGCCUGCCGCACUUCUAUCGCAAGGCGCUGUACAGCCACUGGGAGUUCAAUGAGAAGACACGGUGGCGGACCUGCGGUCUCUCGGCGCGCUUGAUGAGGCCGAGGAGGGCAACGCCAUGGUGA